GCGUCCAUAAAGAAACUAUAAUCUCAUCAGAUUAUAGUCUACUCUCAUCUACAUCAUCCUCUUUUAUUCAACUAAUUGAGUAACUAGAGGAGUUUUUUUCUUUUUCCUAAUGCAACAGAUGGUCAUGUCGUGCAUAGCAGAUGGUAAACGGUAUGGAACCACUGACCAGUAUUAUAAUGCAGCUUCUACAUCAUAUCAUUCACCUACUUUAUCAAGAUCUUAAAUAGAGGAGGGGGCACAUUUUCUAAAGAUCCCCAUUCUCUACUGUGUUACUCUGAAUUUGUACUUAUUUAACAGUUGUUUGAUUAGAGAUUUAGACAUCCUGAGGUUUUCCAUGUGGUAGGUUUAAAUGGACCUAAUGGUGCGAAUACGACACUUGUAUCAGGCUGCAAAUAGGUUUCAACACAGACAUUCGUGAAUAAAGAUACUCAUCAGAAAUAAAAGAUAUACCUCUCCACCAAAGUUUCAGUAAAUCCUUGUUUUUCUCGGAAAGAGCCACUCUGUCCUGUGGACUGUUGGUUGAUGAAGCCCAGCUGGACUGAGAGGGCCCCGGAGUGACUCUUAAGAAGGGUCAUUGGAUUAGCAUGUGAGCAUCUGCUUUUAGCCGUCUCCAGUCGCAGGCGGACACCUUGAGAGGUGCAUCUCAUGUGCGGGGCUGUGGACGGAGCCGUCUUCAUGGUGCGAUUUCACCAAUUCAUUCUCUAGGAUGAAGAAUGUAAAGAUCUUGCAUUUGCCGCUGCUUUUUGUGUUUGUGCACGCCAGCGUCGCACUAGCGGACUUUGCUCCAUAUUUCUACGACAAUGGGCCCUACAGCCACAACGGGAACCUGGCCCUGUUCAGCCUCUCUGAGGACACGGCUGUUGGUACUCUGAUCUACUGUCUCAAUGGCACCGACCCUGAAGGUCAGGAGGUGAGGUACGGCCUUUCAUUUGAUCCUGGGUCCAAAGAGUACUUCACGGUCGACCCCAUAUCUGGAAACAUCACAUUAGUGGAAAAGCUGGACAGAGAGAAACAAGAUUCUAUUGACGUUCUUGUCAGCAUCACAGAUGGAAAAAGCAAGGUUGUGGAAAGAGUCACAAUAUUUGUAAUGGACGCAAACGAUGAAAAGCCAGAAUUUGAAAACAUGCCUGCAUUCAUUGAUGUGGUGGAAACAACCGAUUCAGGAAGCAGCAUCUACAAAGUCGAGGCAGUGGACAGAGACACGGGCUCAGGGGGCUCAGUCACCUUCUACCUCCAGAAUCCUCAGUCCACCGUCUUUGCCAUUGACAGAUAUAGCGGCGUCCUUCGAAUAAAACCUGGGGAAACGUUGGACUACGAGAAAACGAAGACACACUUUGUCACUGUCAUUGCGAAGGAUGGUGGUGGUAACUUUAAUGGCAAAGAGCAGUUUCUGUCGUCCUCUGCAACCCUUACCAUCAAUGUGAUCGACGCACAGGACACCCCUCCGUCUUUCACCGGGACGCCCUACUUUGGCUACGUCUAUGAAAUCUCAGUGCCAGGGUCUGAAAUAUUUACUGUUGUCGCCAAGGAUGGUGACGUGGGGAACCCAAAUCCAGUCCAUUACUCAUUUGAUGACGGUGAUGAUGGCGUUUUUAGUAUCAAUAAAACCAGUGGUUGUAUCACCCUGACGACCCUCCCCAUUUAUCUGAAGAGGGAAAUCUUUAACAUUAAAGUCCGGGCGUCAGAGGUGAGUCCUGAAGGCACACUCAUGGACUAUGGUGUGACCACGGUGGUGAUCCGUGUGGUGGACCUCAAUAAUAAUCCGCCAACUUUCUACGGAGAGAACGGCCCACAAAACAUGUUUGAGCUGACCAUGUACGAGCAUCCGCCGGAGGGGGAGAUACUCCGGAGCCUGAAAAUCACUGUCAACGACUCUGAUCAGGGUGCCAAUGCUAAAUUCAAUCUGAGGCUGAUAGGACCAGGAAGAAUGCUGCGAGUCGUCCCUCAGACCGUGCUCAACGAGGCCCAGGUCACCAUCUUAGUAGAAGACUCUGCCGCAAUGGACUACGAGAAACACCAUUUUCUAACAUACAAGUUGCUCGCAGUCGAGAUUGACACCCCGGAGAGAUUCAGCGCCACGGCCGACAUUGUGAUUCACCUCCUGGACACCAACGACAACGCUCCCAAGUUCUCCUCAGAUUACUACAUCGCCAGGAUCCCGGAAAACUCACCCGGCGGCUCCAAUGUGGUGUCAGUCACGGCCGCGGACCCAGACUCAGGACCUUGGGGUGAAGUGAAGUAUUCAAUUUAUGGAUCAGGGGCUGACUUGUUCCUGAUCCAGUCUGAAUCUGGGAUCAUCUACACCCAGCCGUGGGCAAGCCUAGAUGCAGAGGUGAGGUCCAAGUAUAACUUCUAUGUGAAGGCGGAAGAUGCAGAAGGGAAGUACAGCUUGGCUGAAGUCUUCGUGACGGUACUGGACCUGAAUGACCAUCCACCCGCUUUCAACGACAACUUCCUCGAGAAGACCAUGGUGAUCGGAGCACCAGUGAAAAUAGAGGCCAUAGACGAUGAUGCCGAAAUACCCAACAACGUGAUCGAGUACGCCAUCAUGAAAGCCGAGCCGGACAACAACAUCUUUGACAUUAACGCCGACACGGGGGAAAUCAUGCUCAAGUCCUACAUCAAGUCAAUGGCCAUCAUUCAGAACAUCACCAAGCAGAGAGACUGCACCUGGUCGCUGGUGGUGCAGGCGCGGGACCGAGGCCAGCCAUCCUUCAGCACUACGGCCGUGGUCAAGAUUGACAUCACUGAAGCUACCCAACUCAAGGGGGGGCCUUUGGGAUCAUUUUUAAUGCAGAAUAAAAACAAGCCCUUGCAAAUCCUAGGCAUGCUUGCUGGUAUCAUUAGCUCCAUGGUCAUAGUCACGGUCAUCAUCUCCACUGCAAUGUUCAUGCGCAACAAAAAGUCCAACCGGAUCCUGCCGAACCGCCGCGUGAGGAGAAGGCAGCGCAAGCAGCCCUGGAACUUCAAGAACCCCUUCAAGAAACCGGAAGCGUCCGGAGAGAAAUUCAAAGUUGAAGAGGAGGAGGCGGCGCAGCCAGAGGUGAUCGUGGAGAACGUCAACUACAACAACAAUGUCAGUAAUGCUGUGAGAUGGCCACCGCCACCCCGUGCCCCUUCUCUGCCCCCUCAACCGCCUCCCUACAUCCCAGGGGAGAGGCAGUGGGCCGUACCCACCGUCUCAGCGACCGUGGCUCCCAGACCUAAAAAGAAGCCAGUGGUAACCAGGCAGGACUCCGUGAACAAAGCUCUGGUUUCAGAGCUCAAGAUGAGACUGGAGCAGAAGAGAAUGCAGAACUAUUAAUAAUAAUAAUGACUCCCUGCUGACAAAGCAAUCUCCACACAGGGUUCAUUUAGUAGCUGCAGGUCCAGCUGGCAUGGAAAUAUCUCUUCAUAUUUCCAUAUUUUCUCGGGGCUAAGGACUUUUCAUCCAUCGCGAAAGGAACAGAAUUUAAUAAAAUGGAUUAUUUUUGUUUUCGUAGCCAAAACUGGGCAUAACCAAAAGCUCCAGAGCCGCCGCUAAAUGGACCCUGAUGGGGGGAUUGUUGUGUAGACUGACAUCACAACGCGAGGUCAAAGGUGAACUCAAUCCUCAUAGUGCUUUGCGUGUGCAUGUAUUUGCAUGUGUGUGUGUGUGAAUGUUUAACUGAAACACUUGACAAAUCACUGUGCAUCAAAAAAAAAAGAAAAAAAAGUUUUGUGUUAUUUUGUAGCAGCAAAAAAAACAACCUUCUGAAUCAUGACACUAGUGGCUUAUGCUUAUUCAACCCAGAUCCCUUGUCGGGAUUGAAGUCGUUGAGACUUCAACAAGCGAGACUGUUUAUUUGGGAUGUGACCAAGCUCCUUACAAGAGAUUUCGUGACACUUGAACUGACUAAAGGGAUCAGGUCGGAGGGGAGGGACCUGAAGGAGUGGCGUUAGGAAGAUCUAUAAUCCUACGGUGCAGGUGUAAAGCGCUGUUUAGAGCGGGCACAAUAUUCACUGGAUUUGUUUACUGUGUGGUGGUUUAUCUGUUAGAGUGGAUGUUUUUUUUUUUUUUGUCAAGAAAUGAACACAUGUAUGGAUUUUAUUAUAAAUAAAAGAACAAUUUCUAAUUUCUACAGUGGUGGAAGAA